UUUCCUCAAACACGUCGUUCGAACAUCGAACGACCAAAUCUUUCCUGGUUCCCUAGUGUUUUCUCAUUUCAAUUGUGCACGUUAUUUGUUUAAUUAUGUGCUUAUAAUUCAGUGAAAUAUUUGUUAAUAAUCUUUUUGUUCAUUUAUUACUUUUGUGAUUAAUUUUUUUUUUUAAUUCAACGGUAAUGACGUCGAUAAUUACAGCUCCUAUUAAUUUAGUAAGAGACGCUUAUAAUUAUUAUCUUUGGACACUUUCAAUAGCAGAUGAUAGAACAAGAGGAUGGCUGCUCGUGGACUCACCAAUACCAACCCUUAUUUGCACGGCAAUUUAUCUAUUUAUCGUCUGGAUUGGACCAAAGAUCAUGAAAAAAAGAAAGCCCUUUAAAUUAACUUGGUUAUUAAUUCCGUACAAUUUUUGUAUGGCCGGACUGAAUGCUUAUAUUGCUAUAGCAUUGUUUAUUGCUUCUUUUAAACUGAGUUAUAGUUAUAUAUGUCAACCAAUAAAAAAUACUUGGAAGGCUGAAGAAAUGCAGAUUGCAACUGCUGUUUGGUGGUACUAUUUUAGUAAGCUCAUAGAAUUUUCGGAUACGAUUUUCUUCAUUCUUCGUAAAAAAGAUAAUCAAUUGAGCUUUUUACACGUUUAUCAUCAUUCAACAAUGUUCCUAUUAUGGUGGAUUGGUAUCAAAUGGGUACCAAGUGGUUCAACUUUCCUACCAGCCAUGAUCAACAGUUUUAUCCACGUACUGAUGUACUCUUAUUAUGGAUUAGCAGCAUUGGGACCUCAUGUUGCUAAGUAUUUGUGGUGGAAAAAAUAUCUUACCAUUUUGCAACUUAUUCAGUUUACCAGUGCUGUAAUUCUUGGUAUUAACGCAAUUAAAUCAGACUGCGAUUUCCCAUUGUGGAUGCAAUAUGCUCUUGUAAUUUACAUGAUCUCAUUUAUUGUUUUAUUUGGAAAUUUCUAUGCAAAGGCUUAUAUACAAAAAGGAAAACAAGCGUACGCAAAACAUACUGUAAAUACAGCCAGAAGUAAAAAUAAUGGACACAGCAGUGUAACAAAUGGCGUUGGAGUCAAAAAAAUUCAAUGAAAAAAUUUUCUUUAUUGUUAUUACCAUCAUUAUUAUCAUUAUUAUUAUAAGAAAAUGUUACGAAUCACGCUCUCUCAAUGAAUAAGUCGUUUUACGAUUGACCGAGUGACCGAGACAUUUAAAAUGAUUUAUUUACUGUCUAAUGUAAAGAAACAUUGUAGUGAGGAUGAGAGAAAAGCAGAAAUGGCACACAAAUCGAAGUUACAAACUGUGAUUGUUUGCCCUGUACAUAUAGACAAUUGAGUUGUAGAAAAAAAUGUAAUAAUAAUUGUUGCUACCUUUUUUAAA